AUGCUCUACACAAUUGCUGCCGUUGGAGCCUGUGCAUACUUCGCAACCACAGACUCAAUCGUCAAAAAAGUAGUCGUGGACACUGUAAAAGCCGUCGUCUGGCCAACAAGUGAUGAGCAAGUCGCCGAAAAAAUGAAGGAGAAGAAGACGGACAAGGAAGAUGCUGAUUGGGCUCUUUACUGA